UUCCCUUCCCUUCUCCCUUCUCUCUCCUCCCCCCCCCCAUCUCUCCGCCCUCUCUCCCUCUCCUCCGCCGCCUUCUUUUCUCUCUCUCCGCCGUCCACAACAUCUCCGAUUUCGUUCCAUUAAUAUAUAGAUGCUGGAAACCUUAUCUUUAACGCUUGAGAUUGAUGUCUCCGGUUCUCAGUGAAAUCCUCCGUUCCGGUUUCAUCAUAAGCUCUUCCCUCCGCCGCCGUACCCAUUUAGUUCAAUCUUUCUCCGUCGUAUUCCUCCACUGGUUCUACGUCUUCUCAUGAACCAUUUCCCUCGCAUUCCCAUUUUAGUAUAUCAUUAAUUUUACGCUCUUCCUUUAUAUUCCCAAAACUCAAAAUCAAAAUCAAAUUCCCCUGAAUUUAGCUUCUGGGGUUUUCUUAUCAACUGUAAAUACAUAAAUCUCUCUCUCUCUCUCUCUCUCUCUCUAUAUAUAUAUAUAUAAAAUAGUAAUUAUAGUGUUGUUUUUUUUUUCUUUAUGAUUAUGGAUUGUUCUAGUGGGAAUUCUUCAGGUUCAUUAUCUGAUCAGGUUGUGCUUCAGAAUCAGAGCUCUGGUUCUGAAGCAGAGCUGAAGCAAUUGAUGGACCAAAGAAAAAGAAAAAGAAUGCAAUCGAAUAGGGAAUCGGCGAGGAGAUCGAGGAUGCGAAAACAGCAGCACUUGGAUGGAUUAAUGGCGCAAGUAAGUCAGCUCAGAGAUAACAAAAAUCAAAUGAUUUCAAGAAUUCAUCUCACAACUCAACUCUUUCUCAACAUUGAAGCAGAGAACUCUGUUUUGAAAGCUCAGAUUCUGGAACUUACUCAUAGAUUAGAGUCCUUAAACCAGAUCUUAUCUCAUAUCAACAACAAUGAUGAUGAUGAACAACAACAACAAAAUAAUUUUCUUCAAAACUUUUGUGACAACUUUGAUGAUUUUGAUCUUAACCCAUUGUUCAUCAACUCCUUCUUCCUCACUCAACAUCAACAACAACAACCCAUUAUGGCUUCUGCUCAUCAUCACCUGCUUCAUUACUGAUUCAUUUAAGUGAGGCUUUUAAUCUUAAAUCUAAUCUCUUUUAUGCUUUUGUGUUGAUGAGAUUAGAUUGGUUAAUCCUCGGAAAAUUUCAAGUGUAAAAUAUUAAUAUAUUAGUUUUAAUUUUGGGGGGGUUGGGUAGGUAAAAGGAAA